AUGGACCCUUGGAAAAUCAUCGUCGUUCAGCCCUCGAAGAAGGUCAAGACCAGGAACGACGAGCUGGUGGAUGCAGACGCUCGUUCCCAUGCUGCGAGGGUCUCCCACUCACGGAAGAAAAGAAGUGUCGAUGCAGACGGUCGAAGGAGGACGACGCGGCAACGGCAGCAACAAGACACAGCUCUCCCGGUCCCAGGUCCGCGUACAGUUCUGGGCCAGUCCGGUGUCGACCCCUUCGACGGGGACAAUUCCCGCCGACUGCCUCUUCUCAUGCACGAAGCGUUGGAAUAUGCCUACGAAACCACUUGGCCUUCGACAUUUCCCACCCUCAAGCGGCCUGCUUUGACAGCGCUGCGCAUGGCCUGGAGAGCGGCGGCAGUGCAUUCACAAUUGGAGUUCCACUGUCAAGUUUCCAACGCAGCAACGACGGCCGUCGUGCUUGCGGAUAAUCCCACGGUCAAAGACGCUCUGAUAAAGGUCCGCCUGCAGCACCAGAUCCGGGCGAUCGAAGCCCUUCGGAAGGUGUUGACGGAGCCGGCGUGGCGCGCGACUGAUGAACUUCUGAUGAGUGUCUUGAGGCUCACAGGUCAAGGAGGGCCAACCUUGGAGGCAGACUUCAAACAGUCGUUCCCAGCGGCUCCUCUGUCCGACGCUUUCUCCAUCAAGCUCUACGGUCGAUUCGUCGCGCUCCGAUUCCACUACGACGCGGCCAUAUUCAUCGUGACUGCCAUGGGCGGUGUAAAAAACGUCCACCCUGCCGUGGUGGGGAUUCUUCAGAUGAUCGACGUUGGCUAUGCCACGCAUCUCGGUGAGCCGCCUCGGGUCCCCUGGGCUCUCGAAGCGCCGACGAUACCGGUUGAUCCCUACGACGUGCAGGCCUCCGCGCUGGCCGAGAACCUGGGCGCGGGAUUCAAGGCGCCGUCACUGCUGUCCCCGGAGGCGCUGCUGGCUCCGCUCGAGCAUGUCAUCGAAGAGGCAUGCCACUUGACCAUGGUCAUCUACCAAUACCAACACGCACGCGAACCGAACAUGGGAAGGCUUCUCGCCAUCAAGGACAGAGCACUGUAUUUUCAACACAUGCUGUGCUCGGUCCCCCCUCAGACACCGCCCGACGACCACGGGAACAACGAGGCAGUGGAUCACCGGACCGCCGCCAUCCUCCGGGAGUGCGUCCGUCUCAGUCUCGUCUGUUACAGUGACCUGGUCCUGUUCCCGUCGGCGAAGACGUACAUUCUCAGAACCCGCGUGAGUAACGAUUUGAAGACGUGUUUGAAGAAACUCGAGAAGAAGAAGAGGACGAGGAGGAGGGAGGAGGAGGAGGCAGCGGCCACUACUCGCGACGACGAUAAUAAGAUCGACUGUCCCGAAUUGAUGAUUUGGAUGACGGUCAUGGGGGGAGUCACGUCGACCUCGCCACAGACGCGAGCUUGGUAUUGCAACCGGCUGAGAGAAUCCAUGAACGCCGUUAGUGGUGGUACCAGUACCAGUAGUACUGAUGAUGAUCGGCGCAAUCGGGACUUCAUGAGUCUGCGGGAUUUCACCGACAUGCUGAAACGCCAUCUGUACUGGGACGAAAUACUUGAGGGGCCCACAACCGCACUCUGGUCCGAUGCGACGACCGAACCGAUCUUAUCGCAACCCUGA